AUGCUAUUUAGUAAUCUCAAUAAUGUCCCGCUUACAAAUGAUAUUUCAUGCAAGGCUUAUGACGGAGCUAAAACACAACAAGGUAAAAAUAAUCAUCAGAAGCUCAAAAGCUCAUCCUCAGAAGCUCCAGUUGGGAACUCGAGUGAUCAAGGUAAGAAAUCAAGGCUCUGAUUUCUACUAGACAGGAAUGAUCCAUCCCGACGAUUUUGGGGGAGAAAAGAUAGUUCGUCUGAUAAUUUAACUCCAGACAAACACACCAAUCACUUGUCAAGACAAUCUUCGCUGUUACCAACCAAGACGAUUGGUCAGAUACCGUAUUAGAGAGGGGGCAGGCCCGCAUAAUUGAGUGGGUUAGAGAGAAGCGUCGGUGUUAGAAAAGAAACUUAAUAGAGAGGGCAUAACCCAUCUUGAUGAACGAAUCUCUUGUCUUGUUUACUGUAUUUGCACAGAGAUAAACUACAGACGAACUACAUUUUCUUUGCUCAUUCAGACUGGUCAUCUUUAAUAAACUGAACUUCCAGAACAAUUUAUAAAUCUAAUCAUUAUAAAUACGUUUUUCGGUUAUGUGGGUGGGGUCGAGGAAGCUUUGAAGCUUUUUUUUAGCCUUUAAAAAGGCUAAUUUCCACUCAGGAAAAUUAUCCGCGGAUUGGAACGGACAGGAAAAUUUUUCUUUGUGUUAAAGUCAUUAGUUCCAACCCAGAGCCCAGAGACAAAGAAAAAUUUUCUUGCCCGUUCCAAUCCACGGAUAAUUGUCGUGAGUGGAAAUUAGCCUUACGAGAAGCGAGUCAUAUUGGCCAGAUGGCGUAUUAAAGAAGAGAGAAGAUUAUUAGAGAAGGAACACAAUAGAGAGCGACUUAUUAGAAAAGAUGCUCGAUAGGGUGGGGCUUAUUAGACGGGGGGAUUGAUAGAGGGUAUCAGAAUUUACGCAAUAGAGAAUUGAUAAAUUAACAUGAAUUAUUAUGUUUCUGCUUAGAGCCAAAUUAUGAGAUUCUAGUUUACAUUGGUUCAGGAAAACUCAUCCUCGCCGCGUUUCUACUGUCGCUGGUACUAUUUACUAUAUUAAUUUUGGAUUUUACUCUUUGCCGUCAAAAGAAAGGAUUUCUUUACGCUUUGCUUGGCUGUAAAAGUGAUGACGUGGAUCAUUUGUGUCAACGUUGCGGGGAAAGAAAUAGAAAUGAGAUUGCAGUAUAA